AUGGCUAUCUCCCAAGCUGUACCUGAGGCUGUAAGCCAAGGCGCGAGCUGCAAGUCGAAUGACGAAGCCAAGCCUGAGAACGAAAGCGGGAGGGAACAAACGACAGCGAUCGAAUAA